AUGUGACCCUGACAACCAAGAUGGCGGCGGGGCAACAGUGGGUGUUAGUAGAGAUGGUGCAGGCUUUUUACGAGGCACCAGCAUAUCAUUUGAUCUUAGAAGGAAUCCUGAUAUUGUGGAUAAUCAGACUGUUGUUCUCAAAAACAUAUAAGCUGCAAGAGAGAUAUGAUCUCACUGACAAGGAAAAAGAGGAGUUAAUUGAAGAAUGGCAGCCAGAGCCUCUGGUUCCUCCUGUGUUGAAAGAUCAACCGUAUCUAAAUUACGACGUUGUGACUGGCUCUCCAAGCCACAAAAUGAUUGUUAAUGGGAAAGAGUGCAUUAACUUUGCCUCGUUUAACUUCUUGGGCCUGCUCGAUAAUGCACGUGUUAAGCAAAAGGCACUUGCAUCUCUUAGGAAGUAUGGCGUGGGUACAUGUGGCCCAAGAGGCUUCUAUGGAACGUUUGAUGUUCACCUGGAGUUAGAGGAGCGCUUGGCUAAGUUUAUGAGAACAGAGGAGGCUAUCAUCUACUCUUAUGGCUUUGCAACCAUAGCCAGUGCCAUUCCUGCGUACUCCAAGAGAGGCGACAUUGUAUUUGUGGAUGAAGCAGCAUGUUUUGCAAUCCAGAAGGGCCUGCAGGCUUCCCGGAGCUUCAUUAAAUACUUCAAGCACAACGACAUGGAGGAUCUAGAGCGACUGUUAAAGGAGCAGGAGCUGGAAGACCAGAAGAACCCACGCAAGGCCAGAGUCACCAGAAAAUUCAUUGUUGUGGAAGGCCUGUAUGUGAACACUGCAGACAUCUGCCCUCUUCCACAACUGGUGAAGCUGAAAUACAAGUAUAAAGUACGCAUCUUUUUGGAAGAAAGCUUGUCUUUCGGUGUGCUAGGAGAGCAUGGCCGGGGCGUCACUGAACACUUUGGUGUGAAUAUAGAUGAUAUUGACCUCAUAAGUGCCAACAUGGAGAACGCAGUGGCUUCCAUAGGUGGAUUCUGCUGUGGACGAUCAUUUGUAAUUGAUCAUCAGCGUCUGUCUGGACAGGGCUACUGUUUCUCAGCCUCUCUUCCACCCAUGUUGGCUACUGCUGCUAUUGAGGCCCUCAACAUCAUGGAGGAGGAUCCAGAAAUUUUUACCAUCCUUAGAGAAAAGUGUAAAUAUGUCCACAAAUCACUGCGAGGAAUUCCCGGCUUGAAGGUUGUUGGGGAGGCAUUUGCUCCAGCGCUCCAUCUCCAGCUGGAGAACAGCACCGGAUCCAGAGAGAGUGAUGUGAGGACGCUACACUCCAUCAUUGACUAUUGUUUGGACAGACAGAUAGCUUUGACUCAGGCUUGCUACCUAGACAAAGAAGAACGUUUCCUUCCACCACCCAGUAUCAGAGUGGUGGUGACUGUUGAGCAGACUGAGGAGGAGAUUGGGAAAGCAGCAUCCUGUAUUCGAGAGGCAGCUCUUGCUACACUUAAGUGAUUGUCGCCACGCUGGAGGCAUUUGCAGACACUGAAAUCAACAAUAACGCAUCUGUCCAGCUGCAGACUGUCUGCCACUUCUGCGCCUCAUGGUGCUUUAGCCAGGGCUGUUGGUUCACACUGGGACUUCGAGCGAGUCAUACAUCAUGAGAACUGAAUUAAUGGUUACACCUUUUUUGUUUCAUUAUAAAUAUUUCUAAAACACUGAUCUGUUUUUUUGUUUCAGUUCCACAUUGAAAUGAAUGUAGAAGUUCCAUUCACCAAAUAUAACUGUUGCAUCUGAUGCCUUGAAUGAAAGUGAAAUGGUUUGAUCAAACUGCAGUAAAUACUAAAAACAAAGCUAUGUAGAACACAUUAUGUACUCCUUUUCAUAAUCGUGUUUGGGUUUCUUCCUCAACAUUUUCCAUAAGAGACAUUUCACAGGUGUUUUUGUAAUGAAAAAUACAUUUUGGGAUUUUUUAUUAUUAUUAUUAUUUUAUUUUUUUUAAAGACAUUUUCAAGUAUUUUUACACGACUUAUUCUUUUUACAUAUCGUGCAUGAAACUGUCAGCUUGGUUUGACGAUAUGACUGUACCUAGCAUUAUGGACACAUUUUAUUUUAAUAUGGAACAAUAUACUUUUGAAAUAAUUUUAAUAUUGGAUAAAGGGUUACCAAUAAGCAACCAUAAAUAUUCUUGGGUUCAUCAGAAUCAGUGUCCCUUUCAGAAAUUGUUUAUUGGUGAACCUUGUUAGAAAAAUACAACUGAUAAGAAUCUCAAGAUGGUUCCAAAAGGACCUAUUUUUUUCUUUAAAUAUAAUCUUUAGAUUAUUUAUUUUAUUAUUGGAUGCCAUAAUUAAUUUUUGAAGAAAAUUAUCUUUUGUAAUCCCAAAAUGUUAAGAUCAAGUAAAGUUUUACCUUAAUGGAGAAAGGAAAAAAAAGGUUUUUGAUCAAAUUCCUCACUUUAAAAAAAAAAAAAAAGUUCAGUCUUGCACUGGAGAAGGUUCCUUGGUUUCUUAUGUUGAGGGGAGCCAUUAAAGGUUCAAUGUUGAAUCUCCCAACAGAGGGUUUCCUUAAGAAAAAAAAGCUAGAACCAUUACCAUCCAAAGAACUCUUGAUGUAUCCUUUAUUUUAAAGAGUGUACAAAGAGCAUACCCUGUAUUGCUGCUAACUGUGUGUGGGGUUUCUUUUUAAUAAAAUCAACUUGUAAUUUG